CGUUGACGACACAAACAAUAUGGCCGAUCAUGUCUAUAGAUGCUACCCUGAAAUGCUUUUCGAUUAUAAUUUUGUUGUUUGUUGCACAGUUCCAACAGGUAAAUAACGUUGAACGUACGAAGGCGAACAAUCUCAUAAACGUUGGCGAUUAUGAUGCAAAAACGUAUUACGAUGACUACUUGAAAUCAACCAACUAUCUGGAAAGAAGAAAGCGAUCUAAAUCUGAAGACUUGUUUGAUGACGAAGACGUUGAACGUGUUUCUGAAAAGCUUAGAAAGAAACACAUUCGUCAAAACCGACGACGAAAAAAACACAGAGGAGGCAAAAAGAAAAAAAUAGAAAAUGACAAAGAAAAAGAAAGAAAAAUAUCAGAGUCCUUAACAUCGGAGGCGGAGAGAAAUCGAGAAUUGCGUGGGGAUGCGGUUGGGAACCCAUGUGUUGCCGGUCCGUGUGUCCACGGUGGGACCUGUAUAUGGAACAGAGAUGGACAACCUACUAGCUUCCGGUGUGACUGUAAACUCGGUUACCAAGGGUCGCGGUGUGAGAGAGAAAUAGAAGAGUGCGAGUCUCUACCGUGUAAGGAGAGGGGAGAAUGUGUAGCCACAUCUAAGGGCUUCCUCUGUCUGUGUAAGGACGGCUACGGAGGCAAGUUCUGUGAGGUCAGCCAGAAAACACACACUCUCGUGACAGAGUCACACAGUGUUGGCAGGUCUGAUGGGAUCGUAAUUUCAGGAGACGUCCUCCAAACGAUUUACAUCACUUUGGGAGUAGUCGGGACAUUGCUUGGCGUCAUAAUAUUGAGUCUGUGUAUCCACUGUUGUCGGGUGUGGAACAAGAGGUUGGAAUAUACUCAAACAUGCAGGAAAAUUAUUGAAAAUGGUGGAUCCAUAUCAGAACUUCCGCCGGGUAUUUGUGAAAUCAGCAACUCCUAUUGUAGAGAAUUUUGGUGUUGCGGUUGCUGUGACAUAAAAGAUCAGAGUACUGAAUAUGACGAGCUUCUUGCUGAAUUCAAAAAUACCACCCGUUACUUACAACGACCGAAUUCUCCGAUACCUGAUUACCAACGGAGACUAGUUCAGUCGGAGGGGGCUUUUCCUAAGGUCAAACAUUCCUAUAGGUCAUUUAGAUCUCUUCCUGCCCAAAUGCAGAGUUUCACCAAAAGACCAUCUUGGCUAAGAGGUUCAGAUUUCACUAAUGACGCAGACUCGGCGGACUCCAUUAGGUCAACUUUACCUCCUCGAACACGUCCGAGGGGGCCGUCACCAUCUCGAAAAUCUUCUACAACUCCACGCAGUUUACCAAAGCAAGUGUCUUAUGAAGGAACAGAUACAGAGGGUUGGCAUGAUCGCAUUGAGGACACCAAUAUUCAUCACCAGGGAAAAUCUUUUUCUAGUAGUGAUGCGUCUCCUCACCACCACUCGGACUCCUCACAAUACCAUCGCCAUUCACUCAUCCCAAGUAGCCCGUCCCACAGUCCAAAUCGACCUUCCCAUCAGAAUCCGAAUCAACACUCCAGUCAGCCAGUCUUUACCAAAAGAGCUUCAGUUCGAAACAUACUGGCACACUUGUCGGAAACCCACCCACCCCUUCCCAACCUACCGCCUGACCAGUCGGUGUCAUCUAGUACGUUCUCUUAACCCUGACCUUGACAUUGUCAGACAAUGCAUCUGAAAUUAGACUUGGAUAGGCAACGUCAUCAUAAAAUAUCUUUAUAAUUGGAAAAACCAAUUCGAUACACAUACCGCACAAAAGAUGUUUGAAAUUAUGUUGACGUUUUAUUCGUCAAUUUACAACGUGUUUCUUGAGUUCUUUGUUUUAAUUGUAAUAAACCUGGUCGACUUAUAAGUAUAAGUUAUCAGUUUUAAUGAAUUGAAAUUAUGCGAUCAUGGUCUUCUUAUGACCAACAUCUGACACUUCUAGUUCAAGCUCAAUAGUAAUCUCAGACUAACGGUAUGACGUUCACAUUGGCGAGUUUAACCCGUUAUAAAUUUAUUAAAUUAAUAUACUGUUUAAUAACAAACUUCAUGACGACACUUCAUUCUUAAUUAAGAAAUAUGUCUCUGUAAUUCCAAUUGUGUGUCUCGAUUAUGUCGUCGCUUACUAAGAAGUCACUAGCAUAUGGAUUAGGAAUGACGAUCAAGAGGAUAUGCAGUAGGAGGAUUACAUACAGUACAUCAGAGGGAUGCACUAAACACGCGAUAACGGAAACAAGGAUACUGUGGUUAAAGGGUAGAUAAACAGCUACAGAAGGUGAAUUAAAUGGAAGGAGAGGAGCUUCCGACACUACGGAAGAUAAGAUCCAGCAAAAGAAUGCCAUUAGUUCUGACGUAUUCCAGAAUGCUCUCUGAUGUACAACCGCCGUUGCUAGCAUAUCGACGGGAUAGGGGUUUGUGUGACACACUUGUGAAUCGCAAAACAAAGCGGGAAAUUCAAGUGGAAAAUGUCUGCAACAUAUGCUGUGAAAUAGAAAAAAAAAACAAUAUAUGGUGUAUGACACCCGUUUAAGCCUGUCCAAUAAGAAAAGGUUCAACCAGGAUUUUUUGAAAGAAAUGUGAUGUAACAAUAUCUCGUGGAGAGGUCCAUGAACGAGAUAUUUACUGAACACCUACGUGACGUUCGAUCGCUUGCUGAUAAACCCAUCAACCGUCACUUUUGUGACCAUAAGGAGAACGAUGUAAAAAGUGUUGCCCGUAAUAUAUCAGCGGACAAUGUGAAGGAGUAUCGGCUUCUGCUUCAGGAACAAUGGAUACAAAUGUUGGGUACAAAAAAAUACAUAUGGCUGCAACGUGAAGCCUAUGUGUAGGUACGGUAAACUGAUAACGGCAUUAUGGUAAAAGUGUUUUGAUGACGUCAUGUUUGCAUAGAUUUGAAGUAGAUAUUGGAACAGCCAAAAUGAUGACUUGAAAAGUGAAAAGAGUCUGUUUCCUCGUCAAAGCUAAGAAGCCGAAAAUUUGGAAUUAUGGAGGCAUAUUUGUUUAUUUGUAUUAGAUGUUUGGUAUAGUUUUGGUAAGACUUUUUAUUGACCAUUCAAAACACUACCUUCUUUUCACUCCCUGCACGGCCCAAGUGUUUUGGUCUGUUAGUGUAACUAUAGAAGUACACAUUCACACAUGGAAUACACUCGAACCUGGUGAUCUCGAAGCCAAUUGGGCCAUUAAGAAACUUCGAGAUAUUCUGAGUAUUAGUGGGUAUAUUUUACAUAGAAGUUUUACCAUCGGAACCGAAUGUUUACUUCGAGUUAAACAGGUCCUUCGAACUAUCAGUGUUUGGGAUACCGAGGGUUGACUCUGAUUUAUUUACGUGAUUAUACAUUUGAUUCCAGGAGAAUUUUAACCAUAGGAGAAAUUUAGAAUUUCCUGGAGUAGAUCUUUUAAAAU